AUGAAAAUGGAGAACCUCCCAUUUCUCCUGUUAUUAUGUGCAACACUUUCUUGUGCUUUUCCUGCAGAUACAAGGCAGAAGAAAGAAGAAGGCAAGCAGCUUAUCCAGAAGUACCUGGAAAAUUACUAUGGCUUUAAUAAAGAUGGAGAAUCUUUCAUUUGGAAAAGUAAUAAUGCAAUGACCCAAAAAAUAAAAGAAAUGCAGGAAUUCUUUGGGCUGGAGGUGACAGGGAAACUGGAUUCUGGCACUUUGGACCUGGUACAGAAGCGUCGCUGUGGAUUCCCUGACAUCGCUGGCUUCUCCACCUUUGCAGGAGAGCCAAAAUGGGCAAAACAAGUUCUGACAUACAGGAUAUUAAACCACACACCAGACCUGCAUCCAGCAGAUGUCGAUGCAGCAAUCAAGAAAGCAUUAAGUGUUUGGAGCAGUGUGACCCCACUGAAAUUCAUCAAGAAGGACAGAGAUGAUGCAGACAUCAUGAUCUCCUUUGCAGCCAGAGGUCACGACGACUUCAUCCCCUUUGAUGGCCCAGGAGGGUCUGUUGCUCAUGCCUACGCACCCGGCAAGGACUUUGGUGGAGAUGCUCACUUUGAUGAGGAUGAAACCUGGACCAAAAGCACAGAGGGUACAAACCUGUUUUAUGUUGCUGCCCAUGAGUUUGGCCAUUCACUGGGACUUUUCCAUUCCAAAGACCCCAAUGCUUUGAUGUACCCAGUUUAUAGGAAAUUUGACCCUUCAGUCUUCCCUCUUCAUCAGGAUGAUAUUAAUGGCAUUCAGUACCUCUAUGGACCAUCUUCUAACACCCACAAUGACCAAUGGGAAUCUACUGGGCUAAAAGAUCCAACUGAGUCAAAAGAUCCUGCACUGCCAAACACCUGCGGCCCUGAUUUAACUUUUGAUGCUGUCACCAAUUUCCGUGGAGAAAUAAUGUUCUUUAAAGACAAGCAUUUUUGGCGCAAGCAUCCUGCAGUCAGAACAGCUGACUUUAAUUUAAUAUCUUCGUUCUGGCCACGGCUGCCACCUGGUGUUGAUGCUGCAUAUGAAAUUCCUGAAAAAGAUGAAACUGUCAUUUUUAAAGGGAAUGAAUUCUGGGUUGUGAAAGGAGAUACCAUACUUCCUGGAUACCCCAAAAAAGUCUACACCCUGGGCUUUUCAAAGGAUGUUACCAAAAUUGAUGCUGCUUUUUACAAUGAAAAUGAGGGGAAAACUUAUUACUUCAUAGCGGACAAAUUUUGGAGUUAUGAUAAAAGAAGUCAGUCUAUGGACAGGAAGCCCAUGCUGAUAAGAGAUACAUUUCCAGGAAUUAAUGGGAAGGUUGAUGCUGUUUUUCAACAUGAAAACUUCCUUUAUUUCUUUUGUCGAAGAAAGCAAUUUGAGUUUGACCCUGAUAAGAAGAGAGUUACACGCCUCCUAAAGACAAACUUCUGGUUUACAUGUUAA